UAUUUGGGUACAUAUUUUUGCUGUAUAUGGAGUUUGUACCUUUUUGUGCAUGUGUUUUCUUUUCAGACUAUAGAGCAUCCUGUUCGUACAAACCAGAUCCCUAGGCAGAUACCUGAGCAAUCUAUCUACACCCAACCUAUUCCGGGUAUCAUUAUGGGUGGCAUACUUCCAUUUGGUUGCAUUUUCAUCCAGUUAUUUUUUAUUUUAAACAGCAUUUGGUCCAGCCAGGUAUACUACAUGUUUGGUUUCCUGUUUUUGGUAUUCAUCAUCCUUAUUAUUACAUGCUCUGAGACAACUAUUCUUCUGUGUUAUUUUCACUUAUGUGCUGAGGAUUACCACUGGUGGUGGAGGGCAUUCCUUACAAGUGGCUUCACUGCAUUCUAUUUGUUUAUAUAUUGUAUCCAUUUCUUUAUAACAAAGCUAAAUAUCACUGGUGCCACAUCAACAUUUUUGUAUUUUGGCUAUACUUUGAUAAUGGUAUUUUUGUUUUUCCUUCUGACUGGUGCUGUGGGAUUUUUUGCCUGUUUUUGGUUUGUCCGAAAAAUUUACAGUGUUGUCAAAGUCGAUUGAUUUGAAAGCCAUUAUUCCUUCAGUAUUGAUCACAAAGGGCAUGAUUUCCUCACUUUCAAAAGCCCUUUUCACAGGGCUGUGUGAUAUUUUAUUCAAUACUGGAAUUUUAAAGAAAAUAAGUACUUUCAGUCAGUUAGUAUGUGUGGACUUCAAAUGGGCUGCCCAUGCAGAUAAUUUUUAUCUUCAUUUGAAUGCUAAUAGAUGAUUAUAAUCUGUGUCUAUCAUGACACUUUAUGUAACAAAAUGAUUUCCAAUGAAGUAAAAAAUGUUUUUAGAAAUUUUCUUUUAUUGAAUUGCAAACCAUGUUAUGAUGCUUUAUAGUUAAAUAUUUAUUGUGUUCCAUAUUUUAUUUAUUCUACUGCAGUU